AUGUCUGAAAUCAAAUCAAAGGAUGUAAAGGUCAAUGACCUUGUUGACGUUGAAUAUGGCAACGCCAUCAAGACCAACAUAUCCGCCGAGGAGAUGGAGCUUCAGCAAGCUCUAGCCGACUACGUUCCCGGAUCAGACGCUGAAAAGCGCUUGGUUCGCAAGAUUGACUUCAUCAUGAUGCCCGCGGUUUGGCUCAUGUACAUUCUUGCUUACAUCGAUCGCCAGAAUAUCGGAAACGCCAAGGUUGCAGGCAUGGAUAAGGAUCUUGCACUCACAGACGAUCAAUACGCAAUGCUCCUCUCCAUCUUCUUCAUCGGUUACCUGAUCUGCGAAGUCCCAUCGAACCUUAUACUUACACGAUCCCGACCCUCGUGGUACCUCCCCGGGAUCAUGAUUGUUUGGGGUGGCAUCUGUGCAUCCAUGUCCGCAGUCCAUAACUACGAAGGAAUGCUAGCUUUGCGGUUUUUCCUUGGUGCGAUUGAAGCUGGGUUCUUCCCCGGUGUUCUAUAUGUGAUGACUUGCUGGUACAAAAAGGCAGAAAUCGGAAAACGAUUCUCCAUUUUCUUCACCGCAUCGGUGUUCUCCGGGGCCCUCAGUGGACUUCUUGCGGGUGCCAUUACUGGAAACAUGGAAGGUGUCCAAGGUAUGCGGGGAUGGCGCUGGCUAUAUCUAAUUGAGGGAUGCUGCACCAUCGCCUUCGCCAUCUGCUUGAAGUUCAUUCUUCUCGAUUUCCCCGAGUCUUCAAAACGCCUUAGCCUCGACGAAAGACAACUAGCAGUUGUCCGUAUGCUGCACGAUCGCCAAACCACCGUCGCUCGACACAGCAUCAAACUCACUCACUGGCAGGCCAUCAAGGCAGCUCUGGCGGAUCCUCGAACAUAUAUUUUCAUCAUUCUCUUCGUCAUGGAUCUUGGCUCGUGCACAAUCUCAUACUUCAUCCCAACGAUUGUCAAGUCUAUGGGCUACACGUCCGUCAUGGCACAGUACAUGACUAUUCCCAUCUGGAUGGUUGGUGCCGUGUUUCUUGUCAUUCUAUCCUACACUGCCGAUGCUACAGGAGAUAGACGUUGGCAUAUCACUGGAUGCCUGGGCCUCAGCUUCAUUUGCACGAUCGUCUGUGUCACAGUGGGAAAUGCCAAGGUCCAGUACGCCAUGCUCUGCUUCUACAUCGCGGGACUGUACACUGCUCUACCUUUGAUUCUCAACUGGACAUCAGAGGUCAUUUCUCUGCCCGCGGAAAAGCGAGCUGUUGUUGUGGCAUUGGUAAACUCCAUCGGUAAUCUCUCUGCGGUAUACGGCAGCCGAUUGUGGCCAGCCGGAGAUGGUCCCAAUUUCAUCAAGGGCUUUGCUACGACCGGUGCGUUUACAGGGUUCGGGGCCCUUCUCGCUGCCUCCAUUCCUAUUUUGCUCAAGUUUCUACCCAAGGAAGGGAGAACCAAGGCUGAGAAGCGAAUCCUGGAGCAAGAGGAGGUUGUUCUUGGGGAGACUGACGCAGCCACCAGAACCUGA